GCUCAGCCUCCUUCGCCGAAUGCCUCAAAGAAUAUAAUUAUUUAGGCCUAAGGCAAUGUGAUUUGUUCAGUAGUUGUUCCGUUGCCGUGAAGACUUGUAACGGGAAGUGAAAGCUCGCUAUGUACCAAACUACAGAGGGUGAAUAUGAUGGUCUUAUCAAAAGAUUGACAAACAAGCCAGACAGUAAUAGGAUUGGUUGCAGAAAAUGUGGAUAUACUGGCCACUUGGCUUUUGAAUGUUUCAACACACUUAGAUCAAACCCAGAACAAGAAGUAAUUGUGGAUGUUGGCAGUACUUCCAGUGAGACAAGUGAUGAUGAGCUUAUUGACUCGAAAUUAGACCCACGUAGAAGCAGAAGCAGCCAGAAGGCAGACAAUGUUGAAAAGAAGAAACGGAAAAGCAAGCGAAAAAGGAGCAAAUCUAAAACAUCAAGAAAACGAAAAUAUACAGACGCAUCCGAAUCGACAUCCUCGUCGUCUGAGGAAGACUGGUCUGCGUCAUCAAAAGAAAAAAGCAGUAGCGAGAAGAGAAGAAAGACUGAAAUAGAAAAGAGAAAGGUUAAAAAAAGGAAAAACAAGAAAAAGGAAAGGCGUGAAAAGAAAAAUAAACGCAAGCUGAAAAGUGGAAAGAGUAAAUCAAAACACAAGCAUUCAUCAGAUUCAUCUUUGGAUUGAAAGCCUUUCCAUUGGUUCUGUUUCGGUCAAGUAUUGCUACUGAUGCCAAGGCUGACGGUUACGGGAAACACUUAAGAUUAUAUAUUUAUUGAUCCGAGAUGGGUGAAAUUCAAAAUAUGUGAGAGUUUUAAAUGGGCCCAGCCUUUUAUAAGUUACAUGUAUAACCAGUUUAUCAAGACUGCAAACUGUGGCUCAAUACAACGGAAACUUGUGUACCUUUGUUAUUGCCUUUGGUGAAUUCUAAUUUCGAAGAUAGCAGUAGGUAUGCAGCUGAAAUGGGUUUAUCUUUCAAUCACAUUUAUGGAAAUCGGUGCAGUACCUGACUUAAAUUUAAACCGGUCUGUCAGUUAUUUGAAAGAACUUUCAGCCAUUUACAUUGCCACUUAAGCUUUUCUUUUACAACUGGACCUGAGACAAGUCUACCUAGCAUUUCUUAAUAUUUUUUGCGAAUCUUUCGCAUCGCACAAUUUCUUUUACUAGUGACUUAUUUUAAAAUAGUUUUCUUAGUAGAGAGUGCGGGAAAAUAACUGACCCGAGCGAGGCUCGAACUCACGACCCUUCUAGUGCUCUACCGCUGAGCUAUCGGGUCGUGCUUUCAAGCCAACACCCAAGGCCAAGUCAUUCAUCCGCACUGCCCCUCUCUUUUACCAGUUACACAGUUUUCUUAAUAGUUCAUAAGCUUAGACGCCAUAUCUUCACCAAAACAUAACUUAGCAGAAUAGAAAAUUCAAUGAUUGCUAUAAGAAUCCAAAGUAAAUUUUCGGGACUAAUCAUGGCACAGGAAGAGUUGAUCAUGCCAUUUUUACAGACCUAAUUCUACUGACCCUCGCAAUGUACGACAAUAAUUUGAAAGCCUCGAUAAGUUGGGCAUCGUUUUGUAAAUUAAUUGCAGGUGCAUUCUAUUGAAGACAGUAUUUGAUGUUAAGUGGAUUUACCUUGUGUAUAAUAAAUAUUCAUGUUGCCAUACGAUCUCUUAA